AGAUUUGGGGAUGUCAUUUUAGGCGAAAAUUGAAAAAAAGGGUCAGAUCCUUAAGAGGUUAAAUGCCAUGUAUUAAUAGUCGAGUAAACCUUUUUAAACAUUUAUUUGCCAAAUAAAGGCCACAUUUCUUUUUCUCAUGUUGGAUGCUUUAAUUGACACUUUUAUCAUAACCUGUAUGGCCCCUGUAUGGUUCUUUCCCAGGUGGGCUUGCCUGCUAAGUCUGGGGUGUCAGGAGCAGUUCUAUUGGUGGUCCCUAAUGUCAUGGGAGUCAUGUGUUGGUCUCCUCCGCUAGACAAGGUUGGAAACAGUGUCCGGGGCAUACACUUCUGCCAGGAGCUGGUGUCUUCGUUUAACUUCCACAACUAUGACAACCUGAGACACUUGGUCAAGAAGCAGGACCCUCGAAGGCAAGACGGGGAUGAUAGGAACAAGUCUGUGGUGAGCUUGAUGUUUGCGGCCUACAGUGGAGAUGUGUCAGCCCUCAGAAGGUUUGCUCUGUCAUCGAUGGACAUGGAGCUGAAGGACUAUGACUCUAGGACGGCUCUACACGUGGCUGCUGGCGAGGGCCAUGUGGAUGUGGUACGGUUCCCAACAGACGCCUGCAAAGUCAACCCUUUGUGA